UCCGACUGUCUUUUUUGGACAUUUACGCCCCUAUUAAGUGACUGGAACCAAUUCUGGAAUGGCGUGAAGCGCAGAUCGUCCGGAUUUCGUGGGAACCGUGUCGAAUCCAGCCGUCGUUUAGGGGAGAAGAGGCGAGACUGGAAUGCCACAGUGUGCGUGACCUGUCCUGGGAGCCUGUGUGGGAAUCGAGCGUAUACCUAGACCUGGAAUGGACCCUCAUUCCAAAGGGAUUCCCGAGGUUUCGGAGCAGGGUCCAAGGAGCAUUUCGAAGGGCGUGGAAAACGGAAAGAUGGCACAGUCUGGAAGUGGAAGCUCUUCUCGAAGGAGCGCUGCGCAAGUUCCUGUGCCUGGAGCACACCCCCACUCCACCCCUCCACACACUCAUGAGUCGGUCUCACUUCCGUACCACUGGCAUGACAAACAGGAACUCAUUCAGCGAGAGUUGGAGGAGGCCCGUGCUCGUGCAACUCAGAUGGAGAAGACCAUGAGAUGGUGGUCUGACUGCACAGCAAACUGGCGAGAGAAGUGGAGCAAGGUCAGAAGUGAACGAAAUAAAGCUCGGGAAGAGGUUAGAAUUCUUCGAGGACGCCUGGAAGCGUCUCAGAGAGAAACCAGUGUCUUGCGAAGAGAAAAGAAUGAUUUAGAGACACAAGUAGCUCACCUAUCUGAGCCACAUGGGAUUCGGCCAAGGAAAGAUGACGUGAUUAAUAAACCCACGGACAUAAGGGACCAAGUAACCAAUAAUAAAGAGGAAUCGCCCGAACGUGACGGCAGUACGCCAGUCCGGCCGACUGCUCCACAAACUGAAAUGGAGAAGUUAUCCAGUGAUGAGUUACAGUUCAUUCGGGAUGCUAAAAACACAAAUUUUAGCCUUCUUGAGGAAAUGUUUGGUUCUCAUGGAGUAGGUGUCCAGCCAGGUGACGAUGGCAUCGUCAGGAACAUUGAAGAAGACGGCCCCGACCGAGAAGAACUCGUGCAGAGAGCCGUAGAAAAUGUGUGCGUGUACGUUCACAAGGCGAGCGAAGCUUCGCGUCUAAGAGAGAAGUGUUGUGCUGGUCGAGAGGUGAAAGACUUGAUAUGCGACGAAUAUCUGAAAGAGAAUUCUGUAAAGGAGUUCCCAGAUAACUCGCAUCAGCCGCAAAGAGAAAACGACGUGGAAGAGAAGCUGAAUGACCGGCAGCUUCACGAACAAAGUGAAAUGUUCAAAGACAGUAGUGUUUUGCCACCUGCUGGAAGUUCCAAUAGCAGCAGUCAGCCGUCCCCAUCUCACAGAAUCUCCGUCAUGUCCGACCCGUUGCCCGACACGUGCCACGUAAAUCCUAGAAUAUCGGCCGUGUCGGAUCCCAUGAGUGAGGUUUGUGGAGGGAGUGAGUGCAGUGAGGGAGGAUACGAAGACUCCGUGAGGAACGACAGAAUUACCAGUGGUCGUGAGGCGAGUAGAAGAGGCUGGAGAACUAGCAGUGGUUGUAGUGGAAAUGGCAUUAAUAGUAUGGUUAGUGGAUCUGUGAUGGAUGAUACUGGUAUCACCCCUGAGCAGGAAAGCUUAGAACAGCAAGUGACAAUGCUCAAGUUAAGGCUUGACGAAGCAACAAAAACGAUACAGGCUGAAAGAGACGAGAAAUUAGUCUUGCACCGCGAGUCUUCGAAAUGGCAGGCCGAAGCGAAUGAGCUACGCUCCCGUCUAGACGACAUCAGAGCUUCUCGCCAGGAAGCGGUAAAGGAACUCGUUUCACUCAGGUCGCAACACCAGAAGGAAGUUCAGACUUUGCAGCUAGAAAUGUUAGACGAGGCCUCUUCCAGAGAAUGCGUCGACCGCAGAUUGGCAGACUUGAGAGCCGAACUCGAACGUUUACAAGAAGAAAAUGCCGCCGAGUGGGGCAGAAGAGAAAGGCUAGAGAGUGAGAAACUGGCGAUGGAAAGAGAAAACAAGAAGUUGCGCGCUCAAGUGAGGGAUUUGGAAGAGAGGCUGGACAAGAGAACCAAAAUGGCAGCAUCAACUCCGGAUUCCGACGUAGCUCAGCUUAAGCAAGAGAUUGCAGAUAAGUUUAAGGAACUUUCCGAACUGAAGCAUGCGCACGCAAAACUAAAGAAAGUGUUGGCUGACAAAUCAGUCGAGCUGCAGCACUGCUCUCGACGUGCUGAUCAGUACGAGAGUGAGGUGAAGCGCUUGAGAGCGAGAGUUGACGAGUUAAAGAAAGAACUGGCUGCUUCAGAAGACGAGGUUGACGCAGCUUCAAAUAAUAUAAGCUCUCAUGAGACAUCUUCACACCGCAACGAUGAUAAGCAAUGUAUUGAAAGGAAAGUGGUGUUUUAUGAUAUUUGUGGAAAACUGCAGCGUGCAAAUGACGAAAUGCAGGAGACUGUUGAGAACUUAGAAGUUCAAGUAGAACACCUCCAAUCCCGGUUAAGGUCAUCACAAGCGUCCUCCCUACCACUCCGUACUGCCAAUCUUUUACAAGACUCAGACGAUGAUCAUGCACAGUUUUAGCGACGGCCUUUGAUGUAAUCGCCAAGAAGAGUAUGUUUAAAAAGUCUAAUGUUAAACGUUGAUUAUAUAGCAUAUUAUUUCAGUAUUCAUCAGAUUGAAAUGGAAG